AUGGGGAAAGCCGGCAAAGGAACCGGUCCGAAGUCGAACCCCGGUCAGCCACGCAGCAGUCAAGGGGCCUACCACCAGCGCCACGACAUUUUGACACAAAACAAGGCAUCAUCUGAUCCCAUAGAGACUGCUGCUCUGGGAAGACCAUUCCGUCUCGGAAUGCUGUAUGACUGUCGCACAGAUGCUCUUAUUCCAGGUAUAACAUUGUGGAAUCAUGAUGAGCUGCAGAGGAAUAUUGAUGAAACCCAGCAACACAAUUCAGAAUUCAACAUCACAGCAUCAGACUCAGUUGAUGAGAAGUCAAAUUCAUUAAAAGUAUCUGGAUCUCUGAAACUAAGUCUCCUUGGAGGACUAGUGAAUGUGGCAGGAUCAGCUAAAUAUUUCCAAGAUAGAAAGAAAUCUCUUAGACAACAGCGACUCACUCUUCAGUACAAAACAACAACAAAACAUGAAACGCUAACAAUGUCUCACUGGGGUCGUGGUGAAGUAUCCCGUCCCAACGUGUUUGAGGAUGACACCGCCACACAUGUUGUCACAGCCAUCUUGUACGGGGCCAGUGCUUACUUUGUGUUUGACAGAGAAUUAUCUAACCAUGAAGACAAGAAAGAAGUAGAGGGGGAAGCUGAAAUCAUGAUGGAAAAACUGAAAUUCCUUAAAGUAAAUGCAGAGGCAUCUUUUAACAUGGAUGAAAAAGAGAAAUCAGCAGUGGAAAAAUUCAGCUGCACAUAUCAUGGAGACUUCCAGCUACCCAGCAACCCGUCAUCCUUCAUUGAGGCUGUGGAUGUUUACAGACAACUGCCAACACUGCUUGGGGAGAAUGGAGAGCAUGCUGUUCCAGUCAGAGUGUGGCUGUACCCUCUGGUGAAGCUGGACUCUAAGGCUGCAAGACUACAAAGGGACAUCAGCAACAAACUGAUCACAUACUCUGCAGGAGUCAUAGAGGACUUAAACAUGAUGGAGAUGAGAUGCAAUGACCUGGUUGAGGACACAGCAGCGACAACUUUCUCUGCCAUGGAGAAGAAGCUGAGGACUUUCAUGCAAAACUGCCGUCACUACAAGUUGGAGUUUGUGCAGAAGCUCGGUUCAGUUCUCCCCUCUAUCCGAGGGGGUAGACAAGAGGAGAGUGCCCUUGAAGACAUCCUUAAGGCUCAUGGGAAGUCUCCUUUCAACAGCAAAGAUCUAGAUCAGUGGUUGACCAUGAAGGGAAAAGAAUCUGACACAAUUAGGUCCUUCAUCAAGCAGAUGGAGAAACUAGGUGUUAAUCUGGAUGACAACUUGGAUGAUCUUUUAUCUGAUUUAGACAUCACAAACAUUGUUAGCUUUUCCUUUACCUCUUUAGACCAACCUGAUAGCAGCCUCAUGAAACAAUCCCAUCUGCUUACUCCAGUAGGAAUGAUGAGUGAAAGUCCAGAGUCUGAUGUUCUACAGAACAAGACCACAGAGUGGCUCUCUGCUGAUACCAGACAAAGCAUGAGGAGACAGUUACAACUGUUUGAUCAGUUGAAGAAGCAGACCAAUAGUGAAGACACCACAUUCAUUGUGUCAUCCAAAUACGAUGAACGUUACCCUGGAGCCUGUAUAUUCAUAUAUGAAGAUGGGAGUGAUGAGCCUGUCCCCUUCAUUCCUCCAUCCAAACCUGACACUCCAACCACGUCUGAUGUUUCAUAUGACAGAUUCACAGUUGGGAUAUCAGACCCAGAUUCUGCCACUGCAGAGUAUCGAGUAGAGUUCAGAAAGAGGAAGGAGACUGAUUGGACAUCUCACCCUGUGCAGAAGAACGUGAAAAUGAUAACUCUGUCAGGACUGGAGCUAGACACUAAAUAUGAGAUCAGAGCCACAGCUGUGGGUAAACUUGGAUAUGUCGUCAGCAGUGAAAUUGUAACUGUUGUGACUGCUAAACCUACUUCUAGCCCACCAACCAAUUUGAGAGUGAAGGAAGUGAAGGGAAACUCCAUCACCUUGACCUGGUCAAUUCCAGAACAAUGUGAACCUGUAAAGCAGUACAUCAUAGAGUAUAAGGUGGAAAACAGCAGUGACUGGCAGAGAGAAGAAACCAAAACAGAGGUGUACACAUUUACUCUGAAGAACCUGGAACCGAAUACAACCUUCUCCAUUAGGAUGUACACAGAUGCUGCUAACGGUGUAAGCAAACCUGGUGAAGAGAUUAAGAUCAAAACCAGGAAAGGACCACUGGAUACAAAAAGGUUUACUCCCCUCUCAGGUACUCCAAAAGCAUAUCUGCUGAAAAUGACAAAAUCUUUAUCACAUCGGUUCAACAAGAAGGUGUUCGGGGAAGCAUCAUCCCAUAACCCUACAAACAAAACCAUCAUGCUUGUUGGUGCCACUGGAUCUGGCAAAACAACCCUCAUCAAUGGCAUGAUCAACUAUGUACUAGCAGUUGACUGGGUGGACAACUGGAGAUUUAAACUGAUUGAUGAAGAAACCAACAAAUCACAAGCACACAGUCAGACUUCAGAGGUGACAGCCUAUCAGAUUCACUGCACAGAUGAAUUCCAAGUUCCGUACUCCCUCACAAUCAUCGACACCCCAGGGUUUGGAGACACCAGAGGAAUCAAACAAGACAAGGAGAUUACAGAAAAAAUCAGAGAGUUUUUCAAUAAGAAGGGUGGAAUUGAUGCAAUUGAUGCAGUAUGUUUCGUAGUGCAGUCUGCUUUAGCUCGUCUGACGCACACACAGCGGUACAUAUUUCAGGCAAUCCUCUCUGUGUUUGGGAAGGACAUCUCCAACAACAUCAUCACUCUGGUCACCUUUGCUGAUGGCAAAAGUCCUCCAGUACUGGAAGCCAUCACAGAAGCCAAGAUUCCAUGUGCCGCACAAGCUGAUGGGACACCUGUCCAUUUCAAGUUUAACAAUUCUGUUCUUUUUGCCGACAACACCGGAUGCAGCGGUGGUGAGGACUUUGAUUACAUGUUCUGGAAAAUGGGAAAGGCCAGCAUGAACAAAUUCUUUACACAUCUUGGAACGAUGGAAACUCAGAGUCUGACCCUGACGAAGCAAGUUCUUCAAGAGCGUAAACAGCUGGAGGUAACUGUCCAGGGAGUGCAGCCACUCCUCCGGAAGUGUUUGUCAACCAUGGAGGUACUGAGAACAACAAGGGCUGAAUUGGACAAACACAAGAGUGAAAUUAAUGAAAACAAGGACUUUGAAUAUGAGGUAGAAGUUGAGAAACCUCUCAAGAUUGAUAUUUCAUCAGGAACUUUUAUCACCAACUGCCUUGGAUGCAACUACACCUGCCACUACCCUUGUCAUAUACCGAAGGAUGAUGACAAGGAAGGGUGUUAUGCAAUGACAGAUGGAAAUUGCAGAGUGUGCCCAGGGAGAUGUGUGUGGAGUGUUCAUUUUAACAUGAGGUACAGAUGGGACAUCAAACGUGUGAAGGAGAAGAGGACAUACAAUGAGCUGAAGAGUAAAUAUGUGAAAGCAGUGGGAGAGAAGAUGAAUGCAGAGGAAAUAAUUGCAAAGUUAGAAGAGGAAUAUCACCAAGUCCAAGAAAAGAUUGUAAAAAUGAUGGGAAAUCUAACUAAAUGCCUGAUGCGUCUGAAAGAGAUCGCACUUCGUCCAGAUCCUUUGUCUAUCCCAGACUAUAUUGACUUGCUGAUAGAGUCAGAGAAACAGGAGGCCAGACCUGGAUAUCUGCAGCGGAUCAAAGAGUUACAUGAGGUGAGAAACAGAGCUGUUCUAAUCCAAGUGGCAGAGAUCUCAGUACAGAAGAGCAAACGACAUACCAGAAGUUGACAUCAUUUGAAGGGGGUAUCAAGGUAUCAUUUUAAAUUUAACAACUCUGUGCUUUAUGCCAAUAACAAACGGGAGAAGAGCGAUGAGACUGACUUUGAUUUCAUGGUCUCGAAAAAAUGAAAGCCCUGACAAAGCCCUGAGUCUGAUCCUGACAAAAGAAAUCCUUAAAGAACGCAAAGAGCUUGGCACAACUGUUGAUGGAUUGCAGCCGCUCAUCCGAAGGGGUUUGUCAACCAUGGAGGAAAUAACAAUGACGCAAGCUAUAUUGGACAAAAACAAGAUUCAAAUUGAAGCAAACAAGGACUUUGAAUGUGAAGUAGAAAUAGAGAAAUCUGAUAAGAUUCAUAUUCCAACAGGAACUUUAAGCACCAACUGUGAUAAAUGCAACUUCACCUGCCACUACCCGUGCCUGGUAAUUACUGAUGGUGAUGAAAAAUGCUGUGAUAUAAUGUCAGAUGAUGGACAAUGCAAUGUGUGUCCGGGGAAAUGUGCAUUGAGUUCUCAUUCCAACGUGACCUACAGAUGGGAGAUAAAGCGUGUGAGAGAGAGGAGGACAUAUGAGGAGCUGAAGAGUAGAUUUGAAGCAGCACUUGGAGAGAAGAUGAGUAAAGAGAAAAUGAUGAUACAGUUAGAACUGGAAAGUCGUCAGGUUAUAGAGAUGAUGGAAACUGUAACUACUUGUCUGCAACGUCUGAAAGAGAUCGCACUUAGGCCAGAUCCUCUGGCGAUUCUAGACUACAUUGACCUGAUGAUACAGUCAGAGAAACAGGAGGCCAAGCCUGGAUACAAGCAGCGCAUCAAAGCAUUAAAGGAAGUUAAAAAAAAGUGCUGUUAUUUUGAAAAAAGUGAGAGACAACACUGAUCUCAGUGGAGAAGAACAAUCAAAAUUCCACAUGAUAAAGUCAAAAGCCAAGGCGGCAUUUAAUGAUUUUCUGUGUUACUUUAAAUAACACUGUUUUGUGUUUUCCUAAUGUAGAGAGCAUUAUGGCUUGAUUUUUUUAUAAUUCAUUCUCAAUGGAAUUGAGGAAUGAAAACGUAAGCUAACGUCUAUGAUAAAGUUGGUCUCUCUUCUCUGUGUUUUGAAGUACAUCAGCAGCAGUACCAUCUUUCUGGCACGUUUGCUAAUAGCCAAAAAACAUGUUUUCACCAAACCAAUUAUGAAAUGUAUUACCUUGCAAUGCUUUAUUAGCAAAUUAUGGGAUGUAUUUUGUAUUUUAUUGAGGAGGUGGCUGUUGGUUCGACCAUGUGGUUUGAUUAUGUCUCACAGUCACUUUUAAUCUUUUAUCACCUUAAUGUCUUUUUUUUACAUCUUUUUAUAAAUUUAAAUAUUGCUUUGGUGUGAUGUUGCCGCUUAAGAGGACAUUACAUCUAGAUCCAGAGACCUAGAGAACUUUGCAUGUGAAGAGCAAGUUUAGAAAAUAUUGACAUUUCAUUGGCACAAUUUAUCACCAACUGGAUGCAACUGCACCUGUCCCAGUGGUAUACCAAAUGAUGCGGAUAAAGCUGGCUGUGUGUCUCUGCAUGAGAUCCGGAGCUUGGGGCCAUGCAGGAUGUAAAUCACAUGACUUGUAUAAACGUGUGACAGAGAAGAGGAGCUGAAAAGUAAAUAUGAGGAAGCAAUGGGAGAGAAGAUGAACAGGAAAUUGUAGCAAAGUUGGAAGAGGAAUAUCACCAAGUGAAGGGUGUUGGAGAUGAUGGAAACUGUAACUACCUGUCUGCAGCGUCUGAAAGAGAUCGCACUUCGUCCAGAUGCUUUGGCUACUACAAACCGCAUUGACCUGAUGAUACAGUCAGGGGCGUAGCAGCACAUUUUCAGCCCUAUGUACAAUCAGCUCCAAUGGACCCCCUGCCAUGUAUAUAUAUAUAAAUCAGACUGUAUGUGGGCCCCAUAUAAAUAUGGGGCCCUGGUGACUCAGUCACACUUUAACCCCCUGAACAACACCCCUGGAUACAGUCAGAGGAACAGUGUGCCAAGCCUGGAUAUCUGCAGCGCAUCAAAGAGUUACAGCAAGUCAGGAAGGGGGCUGUUAUGCAGAGGGUGGCAGAGAAAAUCUCACAGUGGAGAAAAACGGUAAAAAUUCCAAAUGAUGAAGUAAAAAGCAAAGGCAGUAUUUAAUGAUUUUAUGGGUUACUUUGAAUAAUGCUGUUUUUGUGUUUGACAAAUGUAGGGGCUAGCAUUAUGGCUUGUUUUUUCAAUUUAUUUGGAUGGUGUUUUUUUUUUUCUUUAUUUCUACAGAAUUCUUUCUCAAUGGAACAGAGGAAUCAAAAUUUAAGCUAACGUCUGUGAUAAAGUGGGUCCCUCUUCUGUGUUUUGAAGUCUCUCUGGCUACGUUUGAUGGCAAAAGCCAUUGUGAAUAUCUUUCCCAAACCAACUGAAUUGUAUUGAGUGGCAAAGUUUUAUUAACUAAUUAUGGGAUGUAUUUGAAUAGGUUUUUUUUUCAUCUUUUAUCACCUUUCCUAAUUGUGGGGAUAUAUUUUUGCAUUGUACCGAUUACUUCAUGUUUGGAUUUUGUCUUUGUCUUUAUUACUAUUUAAUAUCUCAGUAACAAUUUCAUAAUCAGUGUCAAGAUCAGUUUAGUUUGAAUUCUAGGCAAACUCUUGUGAGAUUGUGGUGUAUUAUUUUCACUUCAGAGGACAUUAGGGGUGAAUCUCAUUUCAUUGUCUUGCCCCUUCCCCUAUCAAUACCUCCCCCUACACCUCCACCCUUCGCCUGAACACUCAACACGCAGAGGUAGAGGCACUCUUUACUGAUGACCAAAUGGCAAAUUGUACUGCCGUUGCAAAUAUCUUUCCCAUUCUAACUAUGACAUGUAUUGAUUGGGAAUCGUGUAUUAACUAAUUAUGGACUUUAUUUUGUAUUGUAUCGAGGACAUGGCUGGUGAUAAUGCUGGUGACCAUGUGAUUUGAUCUAUGUUUCACAAAUUCUAUAGGGUUUUAACUUUUUUUCAUCUUUUUUUAUAAUCUUUUAUCAGCUUUACUAUUUGUAAUGGUAUAUUGUUACGUUUCACUGUGCAUUCAUUAUUACUUAAUGUUAUUUGGAUUGCCUUCAUUACCUUUCCAUUCAGUGACAAGAUCAGCUCUGUUUAAAUACAGUACAUUUCAGGCCAGCUCUGGUGGGAUUGUGGUUAUUUUCACUUAAGAUGACAUUAGAUCUAGAUCCAGAGAGCUUGACUGUGUUGUAGAAUGUUUCUCUAUAUUUUUCUUUUACUUCAAGUUUGAUGAUUAUCCUGUACUCAUGUUUUCUG